AUGAAGGACGGCAUCGCCUCUGGAGCGAAGGCGGCAGUGGAUGCGGUUGCGGAGAAGGCGGUGGACGUUAAGGACAGUCUUGCGUCUCAGGCCAAGACUUCGUGGGACACUGCAGCUCACAAGGCGGAGGAUGCUAAGGACAACAUCGCAUCUCAGGCCAAGACUACCAUGGAUACCGCAGCCCAGAAGGCGGAGGACGUGAAGGACACAGUGCAGCUGAAGGCAAAGGACGCCGUGGAGGCAGGUGCUGGUGCUUUCCGAGGCAUGAAGAUGAGUUACAAAGAUGCGGCACAGGGGGCCAUUGACAGCGCCCAUGCAGCUGAGCAAAAGGCAGCGGUACACGCGGCGGCUAAGCCGUCUGCGGAGGUGCCGUGUACAACCAUUACUCGUGCGGUUUCCAUUGAGGAGCUGAUCAAUAAGGACAAGAAGGUCGCCCCCGCGCCCCACGCCAAACAGGAUGCCUUCAGAGCGGCCAUCCGCUCCGCCAAGGAGUCCCAGUGCACCAAGCUCGCCACCACUACUCGCGCCAAGCCUGCCUCUGAAACCGUCUGCAAGUCCUGCCCCACACAGAGUCAGGAUUGCACCGGACCCAACUGCCCCGCCCAAGAACAAGUCGCCUUGCCCCAACCCGACCAAAGAAACGACGAGAAGGCACCCCAACAGGCCGCUGCCAAGCCGGCUAGGCAGAAUGAGGCCAAGGAAGACAACAAGUGCGAGGCCAAGGCAUCUGAUCAAUGCCAAGACAAGAACCAAUGCGAGCAAGGGUCGUGUGAACCUAACCGCAAGGACACGUGCGCUGCCGUGCAAGAGGCACAGUGCGCCAUCGAAAAGGCGCAGUCCAGCCUCAACAAAGUCAAGUGUGACAGGCAGUAA